AUGUUGGGACUUUUGUCAGCUAUACCUUUUGGUAUAAAAGUGACAUUUUCACUUUUGGCCACUAUUAUCUUCCUGCUCUACAAAUUUUUCACCAAGCACUUUGACUAUUGGCGCAAGCAAGGAGUGAAAUUCAUCAAGCCAGUUCCCGUUUUCGGGUCUGUGGCAUCGUCGUUUCUCUUGAAGGAGCAUCCUUUGGAGUUUGCUCAAAGAUGGUACAAGGAAAAUGAGGGUCUGCCAUUUAUAGGCUAUUUCCAGGGUCGGACACCCACCCUGAUGGUCUUUGACCCCGAUCUGAUAAAGCAGGUGUUUGUCAAAGACUUCUCGCACUUCGUGGACCAUGGAUUUAUAAUUAGUGAAGAAGCUGACCCGCUGCAAGCUUUGAAUCUUUUCAAUCUGCAAGGGCUAAGGUGGAAGGAGAUGCGUGCCAAACUUGUGCCAACUUUCACCUCAGGAAAAAUUAAAGGAAUGUUCCCACUUAUGGUCGAGUGCAGCGAACAGUUUGACGAGAACCUGCAGGAAAUGGCUGACCGAAAUGAAAUUUUCGAAGCGAAAGUACGUUGA